GCAGGAGGCAAGAAGUUCCCAGUUCUGCGGAGGCGGAAGGGUGGUCGGUCAGGUGGCCACCCAGAGAUCAAAAAUUAGACACCUCGGGUACGAGGGUGCCCCGUGUUGGUGGUAUGCAGUGACUGCGGUUGUGGCGUUCAUUUCUGCUACGCUCAGAGCGCCUGGGAGUUGCAUCGAAAGCGCCGACGCGGACGCCCAGACCUCCGUGUCCAGCGCGCAGUCGCAGUGGCCUUUCGCCCCGGCUCCCGCCCCCGCUGGGUGGACGACGUGGAAGUUGCUGGCCGACCAGGCUUGGAGGAGUCCGCUUCGGAACCGGAGUCCGGGAGUAGCGGAGGUGGCGGCGCCCAGGCUCAACUAGGAGUCGCUGCCGAGUCCCGGCCUGUCUCUGAGGAUCGGCGAGGGCGCGGCGGCGGUUCAUCAUGGGUGGCUUUUUCUCAAGUAUUUUUUCCAGUCUCUUUGGAACCAGAGAAAUGAGGAUUUUAAUUUUGGGAUUAGAUGGUGCUGGAAAAACAACAAUUUUGUACAGGUUACAGGUUGGAGAAGUUGUUACUACUAUUCCCACUAUUGGAUUUAAUGUGGAGACGGUGACAUACAAAAAUCUCAAAUUCCAAGUUUGGGACUUAGGAGGACAGACAAGUAUCAGGCCAUACUGGAGAUGUUAUUAUUCAAACACAGAUGCAGUCAUCUAUGUCGUUGACAGUUGUGACCGAGAUCGAAUUGGCAUUUCCAAGUCUGAGUUAGUUGCCAUGUUGGAGGAAGAAGAGCUGAGAAAAGCCAUUUUAGUGGUGUUUGCAAAUAAGCAGGACAUGGAACAGGCCAUGACACCCUCAGAAAUGGCAAAUGCUCUUGGGUUACCUGCCCUGAAGGACCGGAAGUGGCAGAUCUUUAAAACUUCAGCAACCAAAGGCACUGGCCUUGAUGAGGCAAUGGAAUGGUUAGUUGAAACCCUGAAAAGCAGACAGUGAGCCCAUUCACGUCAGCGCCUGUGAGCCAACGCUACAUCACAUACUCAUUGGAAGCAGUCAGGUGUGCUUCCUGUGACUGCUGGAGCUGUGCGAUUCUGGCAUAGACAGACCUGCCUGACUUCAAUAUUUGUAAUAAAUAUAAAAACAAGUAUUUGGUGAGAGGGUUAGCUUGAUUGAAUCACCCAAAUGGUUUAUGUAAUGUAAAAUAUUUCUUCCUGGUUUUCAUGUGUUAAGGUAUAUAUUCUAUUUGUAUGGAAUUCUUACUCAGAUACAGUUCUAUUAAAGAAUGUAUACUCUUAGGGGGAACCCUCCUAUUUUUAAAUUAGUGGUUGCAUCUUGUUUGUAUAAACACUAAUAUUUAGCUCAGACUCUUUCCCCCUUAAAAUGAAUUAAGGCUUUCCAAAGAUUAGUCUUAGCAAAGUAGAUUAGAAAUACAGUGUAUAAUCUUCAUUUGCUUAACUGACUAGUUUAUUUUGUUGGCUCACUUUACUGACUUAUGUUAUUUUACAGUACUUAUACUUGUCAAAAGAAUUUUGUGUAUGUUGAUCUGAACUUUGUACAGGAACUCUGUAAGGAAGGUGGGGUUCUGCUAUGUUGCUUUGCCAGGCCCUAUACAGUGAGGUAGGGUAGGGUUCAGAGUCAGGCUUGUGGGUCAGAAACUUGUGUCCUAAAUUAUACUAUCUCCGGAUAUACCAACACUGGGAACAUAGACACCUAGGUGUGGUGGCACACACUUGUAGUCCUAGUACUUAGGAGACAGAGGUGGGAAGACCCAAGAGUUCAGCUUUGUGGUGAAUCUGAGGCCAGCCUGGGCUGCUUGAGACUAUGUCUCAAAACAAAACAAAAAAACAACCAACCAAUCAAAAAAAUUAUGCUCAAGUAGUUAUGGAUUUCAAAGUAAUGUUUAUAUAAACUUGUCUAUGCUAGUAAAAUGAUAAGGGAUACGGUCCACACUAUCCCAAAUGGCUGUUUGAUGAAUUCACAACACAAUACAAAACCUUCACAUGAAAAGAAAUAAAAAGCAAUUUUAAUAAGCAGUAA